GUCUCCCUGUGAUCUUGGUCACAAUUGCAGUUGACAGCUACAUAAAUACAUGUGGUGAACUUGAAGACUUUGAAAUGACAGCUAUAUACAGUAAGAUGACGUUUCCUUCGGAGUCACAUGACUCUUUACAGUAAGUCCAACAUGGCAGACGGAGUGGAUCUUAGGCGGUAACUAAAGCAACAUUUCAACUGGAGCAGACAAAUUCAACACUACUCUGCAACAAGACAUCAACAAUGAGGGAGAGACAGAAGAAAAAGAAGGGCAGGACGUGGGCGGAAGCGGCUAAAACGGUUUUGGAGAAAUACCCCAACACACCCAUGAGCCAUAAAGAGAUCUUGCAGGUGAUUCAAAGAGAAAGGCUUAAAGAAAUAAGAAGUGGAACCUCACCUCUGGCAUGCCUCAAUGCAAUGCUGCACACAAACUCUCGUGGCGAGGAGGGGAUAUUCUACAAAGUUCCAGGCAGAAUGGGGGUCUACACAUUAAAGAAGGACAUCUCAGAUGUGGUGAAGGAGCUGUCUGAGGAAGGCUCUGAGGAGAGCAGUGACAAUCUGUCUGACUCCCAAAGCACAGAAAACAACGGCGGUGCCCUCUCUCAAGAGGGCAGGAGAGGAAGGUGGAUGCGAAGAGUUCCCUCCAAGCUGCAGUCACAGCCGUCCUCUCCGCAGCCUCGAUGCUCGUCGCCUUCUGUCCCCACCAGUAAACUCAUCUCUCCCUCACAGAAACACAGCAAGAAAGCUUUGAAGCAGGCCUUGAAGCAGCAGCAACAGAGAAAUCAGCGCAGACAGGGGGGAAUGCCAACCACCUCCAGUCCCAGACUGCUUCUGAAAACCAUCAAAGACAUGGCUGACAUUACUACAAAGACUGACUUAUGUCACCCAGUCGUCCCGAGGAAGGUUCCCCAGAGGUCAGGCCGUCUUAGUGCAGGGCAGCUGAAACGUACCAAGUGUAAAAUAGAUGUGGAAACACCCGACUCCAUCUUGGUUAACACCAACCUGCGUGCGAUCAUCAACAAGCACACGUUCUCCGUCCUGCCCCCGGACUGCCAACAGAGGCUGCUCAAACUUCUCCCUGAAGUUGACCGCCAGGCUUGCAUGGACGGCCUUCUGAAGGUCACUAGUUCUGCCUUAAACAAUGAGUUCUUCACAUCAGCAGCACAGUCUUGGAAGGAGAGACUGGCUGAAGGGGAAUUCACUCCUGAGUUGCAGCUACGAAUGCGCCAAGAAAUCGAGAAGGAAAAGAAAGUCGAACACUGGAAGGAGGCCUUCUUCGAAAACUAUUAUGGUGAAAAUUCUGGGCUCAGCCUUGAGGAAUCCAAAGAGCUGACAAAGGCUGAUCUGAAUCAGGAGUCUGCUGGGCCCCAGCCCCCAUCUCAUCAGAUGGGACCUGCUGCUCAGGCACCAGAGGAUCCCAAGGGCACCAAGGACAGCAGCCAGACUGAUGCUGCUGCUACCGCUGUGAAACACAUGAAGUCAACACAGGAGCCUCUGAAGGCACAAACUGCUCAGCCAGUCUUCACCACAGACCCCAUGAAAACACGGCGCUCACAGUACACUGAGGAUCGCAAGUUGAACACAGCAGCACAGUCUACGCCAGCAUCUGCAGUGACAACACCUGAGGUUGAGAGAGAGACUGAAGGGGCUGCAGCAGGUACACUGCCUGAAAAGUCGCAUAGGGAGGAAGUGAGGCAGGAGCAAACAGAUCUCCCUUGUUCGCCUGUGAAGAAGAGCAGUCCACCAAAGGCCGGUUCAGAUUUAAAAGACGAUCAGCCGGCAUCUGCGUUUAAGCCUGCUGAGGAGGGCAAAGACGUCAUCUCUGAGCCCAGUGGCCCCUCAGAGCCGCUGAAAAGGAAAUCUGUCAGUGAGAUGGAGGGUGAAUUGACACCAGAGAAAAGGCCUCGUAUGUCCUCCGUUUCCUCAGUGUCUUCAGUCUCCACAUGCAGCCCUCCUACACCGACUCUAACAACAAAUCAGAGGGUUCCACCACUCAAGAUCCCAGUGUCACGAAUUCUUCCAGUUCCUCUGUCACCGAGCCAAGUUUCACCCAGGACUCCCCUCCCAGCUCCACUUAGCAGCCCGGGCCGUACUGGUGCUCGCACUUUGGCGGACAUCAAAGCCAAAGCUCAGCUUGCCCGAGCACAGCGAGCAGCGGCAGCGGCAGUAUCAUCUGCAUCGAAGGGAGCUGUGCCAGGCCCAGGGCCUGGGGGAGGCAGUGGUGAGCAGACACAGCCAUCGCCCAGCCCCAGCCCAACAUCUCCACAGGCAUCAAACAGGUUACCAGCCUCCGACAGCAGCAGUCAGACCAGUACGCCUCCUUCUCGCCCACUGGACUUUUUUGGUCAGUUAAGCCCAAACCAGCCUCAAGCAAUUCACUCAAGCCUAACUGACGAAAAACACAGAGGUAAUCUAGCUGGUUCGGUCUGUGCAGGACACCAUAGCGUUCAGAAGAGUUCACAUACAUCAACACAAUCCACUUUUUCAUCUGUGCAAGCUCUGAAGGGACAAGAAAGCCAAUCUUCUGCUGGAUCAUCAACCAGGACCAGCUCCUGCAUCCCUGCAAACAACCCGCUGGUCACUCAGCUUCUGCAGGGCAAAGAGGUUCCGUUGGAGCAGAUCCUCCCAAAACCACUAUCCAAAGUGGAAGUGAAGAUGUCAAACUUACCCUCUGCUAGUAAGGGGAAGACAUCACACCCUGUUGAGCACAGGGCCGAUAAGCAGAUGGCCCACCAGCUCAAUCUAGCAGGACGAGCAGGAGUUUUCUCAGAAUACACGAGACAUCACAGGGAACUUCCUGAUAAGGAGACUCAGGAGCAGAUCCUGCAGGCUCUAAUGCAGAGGAAAGUCCAGCAGAGCCUGCCUUAUGGUGGUAUGGGGCCUCAGCACCCUCAGUUCAAAGUCCACCAACUAGUGCAAGCAGAAGAGCGUCAGAACCAUUCCAGGAUUUCAGUAGGAUUUCUUGGUCGUAAGAGGAUGCCCAGGCCUGCCAUGACAGGACAUUACCUGCUCAACGUGUCCACAUAUGGCCGAGGACCAGAGAGCAAAAGACUGCACCAGUCUGCCAUCCCAAACACGUCAGUGUCCAGUUUAAAAAGGGAAAGCACAGAAGGAGAGGAGGCGGCUAAGGAAGAGGAACCAGCCAGGAAAGUUUUCUCUCCUGUUUCUGGGGUUAAAACCGAGCAGCAGGGAUACUCAAUAACCAGCUCUGAUGAAGCAGGGAGCGUUCAGCAUUGCUCCAGAGUAAAGACUGAGCCUGGCUCAGAGGAUAGCGCAGCUGGUGCCGACAACAACUGCACCAGUGCGACAGCCAAAGACACCAGCCCUUUUUUUCAGUCACACCGAAGGCACCUCGAACUCUGCAAUAGUAAUCAAGGAAGCUCUGAGCCAUAUCAUACCCAAGUGGAACCCAGUCACCAGCGGCCGUCUGCCUUUCAAACCCAGAGAACACUCGAUAAUCAGGAACCCGUGGCGGCACCGUGCUAUGGCGGCACUAUCAGCAUGUCUGUACCUCACACUUUGAACCACAGCACUGCAGGAACCGGCUCUUCCACAGCCUCAUCGGAGGUUGACAGCGGCGGCGUCAACGGGAGCGUCAUGUCUUUCUCUGUGACUGUCACAACCAUACCUGCCGGUCACUCGUUGGACCACGGCAAGCAGGGCGAGCCCUCACCAGAACAGUCUUACAUGGAGGGCUCCAACAUGGAGGACGUCCAGUCUAAAUGCUACUGCCGACUGAAGGCGAUGAUCAUGUGCAAAGGAUGUGGCGCCUUUUGCCACGAUGACUGCAUCGGCCCCUCGAAACUGUGCGUGUCAUGUUUAGUUGUACGAUGAUAUGAAAUUAAUAAUAAUUCGAAGAUAUUGGGGUUUGAUUUGUAUUGAAGACACAAAGCAGAAGCAUGUCAUCUAGAAUCAAUACAGAGUCAGCGCUCGGGUGAAGCACAUCAUCUGCGCUCCAGGCAAAACAACCAGCAUGUGGUCGCUGUUGGAAAGGCGAGGAUUUACACUGGAUGGUCUUUUGUUUCACCAACGUCUAUGAAAAAUUGUUUUGUGCAAUUUUUUGGUAGAAAUGUCAUUAAGUUUUCAAUCAAAUCAUUAGUCUGUCAGAUUUGUGAGAAAUCCGAAAUCUGGCAAUGUUUGCACUCGGCUAAGAUUAGUGUGAUGUUUUUUUUUUUAAUAUAUGUGUAGUUUUUAAAAAAGGAGGGAAAAAUGAAUGUUGCUAUUUUUUUAGAACAUGAUGACUGUUGUGUUUUGAACUGACCCUUUUUAUUAUUGGGCCUUGUCAGUUGUGGUUAAAGGCAAAAAGUGUGUAUGGGAGGGGUGCUAAUGAUAAUCAUUGGUUGUGGAGUACCUCCUAUUUGGCAUUUAUGCACGCAUGGCAGGGAAGUGCAACUUACAAUAACUAUUUUAUAGAAAAACUGUACAUUUAUUACUGAAUACACUCAGAUUUAAGACCUAGAGAGAGGUUGUAUAGUUUUAGAAAGAGACUAUAAAAGGAAUUUUGAAUGAUAUGUCAGCUUGUGAGGGUUGCACAUCACAUCAUUUUUUGACUAACAGUUGCGGAGCGAAGCACUUGAACACCACCCGAAUUUAUGGUAGUAACUGUGUACAGCACUUACAUUCAAAUAUAGGGGAAAAAGAAGAAUCAUUUAUAUAUAUAUAUAUAUAUAUAUAUAUAUACAUAAAUGCCUAUAUGUACCUUUUGACAAAUUGAGAUCUUUUCCAUUCCAGGUCAAGGUCUAGAGUCACUUCCUACUGUGUGAACCUGUGUUUUCUCCCCAAAAAGCCAGUUUGUAGAUAUUGUCUCCCGUGAGGUGGGUUUUCUCACACUCGUAUGUCUGUAAAGUUAGAUCAGCAGUGGCAAACAGUAAAGAAAAAAAAACACUCAAGGCAAGGGGAGAGAAUUAAAAUAAAUUAGUUUUUUUCACUGUAAAUAUUUGCUCAUUUACAGUAUUUGCCUAGAUGUAGAAAUUUAUCUGUGCAGCACACCUUGCUUGAGCAUAUCCAGCCAUUUAUUAUAUAAUUGUUUUACUGUGGAGAGAAAAUAGAGAAGAACAGCAAGUUAUGCUAAAACGCUAAAUGCUUUAUCUUAGUGUGAUUCAGCACAGUAUGCUUCAGUUUUACAAAAAGAUCUGGAGGUACAACAUGACGCCGAUCAACAGACGGGCGUAACACUUCACUUUGAAACGGCCUUUUCCAGAAAACCAAGUGUUAUCUUCAUUCUAAAUGUGGUAUGAAUGUAAGCGCAAAAUAGUACUGUACCGUGUUUAUAUAAUGUACAAUAAUGUGUUUGUGUGUGUGUGUGUGUGAUGUGCACGGAUGAACCAGCAUUUGUGGUGUGAACACUGUCGUAGCUGCAUUGUAAUGACGUUAACACAGUGUAAAUACUUACUUCUACCACAUAUUAACAUGCAAAAAGGCCAGCGUGAAGAGUUGCCUCGGCAGGUUUUUCGGGAGUCCAAGCUGUGUGCAAAUUAAGGCGCAUCGGCUGUAUUUUGAAAUCUCCUGGAGGUGCAGCGUAGGCCUGUUUUAUAGCAAUUAUUUCCAAGGUAAUAUACCAAAGUCACCUUAAAGAAAAAAACAAAAUAAUCAGAACUCGUUUUUAAUGUUUGACUAGUUAAUCAAAGUAAUAUAUUUUAAUUAAUAUAUUUUAAUAUAAAAAAAAACUCUAUUUGCUAAUUGUUUUUGAAAAUCAACAGGGUAUUUACUAUAAUAAUAUAUUGGCUGUCCACUUUUCAUAUGAUUUUGUUUAGACCGGACAGACCACUGUACAGAUAAUAACUUGACUUUUUAUAAUUCAAAUUGCCCAGGUAUGAAUAUCCUGUAUGGCCCAGGUUUUUUCAAUGGAUCCGUUGGUCUAUAUUUUUCCAUAGAGUUGUUGUCUGAAUAUGUGUAUCGUUUUAGCUGUCAACAUUUGGGUCGUUUCCUUAGGAAAACAAAAAAGAUAUGUUUUCAAAGCACUAUUUUCAGAUCAGUGGGUUAAUCAAAGUCCUUUUUUUAUGUCUUUGUUAUUAAAUGGAGGUCGUGCAGUAGGAAAUUGGUUUUAAGAUGUUAGAGUCAGGAGGUGUUUCCACAAACUUAGCAUAGUCAUUUCACUAAAGCCAGUUAACACAAAUUUAAUUUAUCCCCUUUAGGAUCUUUAGGUCCCAUUUGGUUGAAUGUGAUGUGAUUUUACUCGUGUAGGGUUGGGGACUGGACUGCACUGCCAAAACCAAUUAAAAACAUUCAGUCAACCCAAAAGGCAGCUGAAAUCUUUGUUAAUAAGGACUGAACCCUGAAUCAGGCAGCAGACCCUACUGUCACUGAAGUUACCUGUUGUGUGUGCAUUCACAGGAGCCAUACAUGUAGAAGUGACUGUGUGUGGGCAGAGGAAACGGUCAUUUGCAAUCACCACCGUCAUCUAUCACUUGGUGAAUUUGUUUAAUACGUCUGUGUCAUUUUGUCUCCAUUUAAACUCCAGAUGAAUGUAAUAUAGUAAUCAGCACUUGUAAACAAAGUGUAUUUUAUCAAAUAGACUAUUAUGAAUAAAUAAUUAAAAGAAAAGCA